UCACUUCUCUCUGUCUGCCAUGUUUACGCACACUAGUUACGGAAUCAAUAUCAGUGAGUGAUAUUUACAAUAGCCUCUAUAGAUGUAUCCACUUGGGAGUUAAUAAGCACUGAGACUAUCAUGCAGUGACUAUGCUUAUUCGUGAAAUGGAAUGACGAAGUGCUCACAGAAUAUCUACAAAUAUGAAAAUAGUUUUGUUCUUCGUUGCCUUCACUGUUGUGAAUUUAUUUUGGAUUGUAGCAGUCCACCGGGCGAUAUUAAGAUAUGUGAACAAUGUCUUUGCAAAGGGGAGUGAAGAAACGGUUGCCAAAUCUUUGGACAUCUGCCAAGUAACCCAGGAAAAUUUAGAAAGUGCAUUUGAUGUUCAACUGACACUUUUGCCAACGCCAAAUAGAACGGAGCUGUUUAAAGAGGUCGCCACCGGAGGCCUAUGGGCACCUAUGUCAUGCAAGCCUAGGGACCACGUGGCCAUCAUCAUUCCUUACCGUGACAGACAAGAACAUCUAGAUAUUCUCCUCCAAAAUCUGCACCCUUUUCUACAAAGCCAGAAGUGUCACUACCAGAUAUUUGUCGUUGAACAGGCGCUUCCAGAGCCCUAUAACCUAGGGUAUACCAGAAAUGUAGGAUUCGUUGAGGCCAGUGCCGUGUUUAAUUUCACCUGCUACAUAUUUCACGACGUGGAUAAAAUCCCUAUGAACAAUUCACUGCUCUAUAGAUGCCCGCCUGACAGAGUUCUUCAUUUGGCCUCCGCUGAGGACAGGAAUCAGUACGACCUGAUGUACCCAAACUACAUUGGAGGAGUUAUUGGGACCGCCCCUGACACAUUCAAGAAGCUAAACGGGUUUCCUAAUAAUUACAUAAGAUGGGGCGGGGAGGACGACGAUUUUUUUCAAAGGAGUGUCUCUCAAAAAGUUCCCAUUGAGCAUGCCCACACACAAUUAGGAAUGUACAGGGUUUUAAACCACACGCGUCCACCUGGCUACGACAACAAGGAGAAAGGCGAUAUGAACCAGUUUGCAUCGAAGUUGUAUAAGCACUACGGGCCGUUGAUUGAUGGACUGAAUACAUUGAACUACACCCGACUAGCAACAGAGUAUCGACCAACAUACACUUGGAUCAAAUUUAAUUUUGAUCAGAAAAGCAUGAUGAAGAAUGUAUGGAAAGGAAUAAUGGACGCCAAAUAUGACAAGAUGGUUAACAAUACAUACUGGGCAGUAAAUUACACACGGGCCAACGAGUUGUUUCCGAAAAUUAACAGCGAUAUCAAGCGGGAAGCACAGACCUCUACAACGAAAAAGAGAAAGAAGAAAAACAGAGUUCGCAAAAAGGGCCGGAAAUUAUAUCGUCAUUAGAUAUACAUGCAUACGUACAUGUGUUCAUGCACUCUGACUUUUUUCUCCCAGUCUCAUAAUUUUCGUUGUUAAUUUAUUGAAAAUGCUGCCAAACAAAUGGAAAGUAAUAAAAGCCCAUUAAAAAGUGACUGGUUCACAAAAAGGGGGUAUUGAAUUCAAUACCAGAAAAUUAUGUGUAAUUUGACGCGAGAUAUAUCAGAAGUAGGCUGCUUAAAUGUUCACUUUAAACCAACAGAUA